ACUUUAAUGUCAGAACCCUGCUACUAGAGCCUGGAUGUGGCUCUGAGUUUCAGGGUCACUGACAUUGAUAAGACACCUGCGUCCCAGGACUCGGAGGAGAAACGGCUGAUGGACUUGGCGGGGAAUUUGCGCGGGGUUUUACUGAGCGGGAAGAGACUGUUCAAAUGAGGGGGAGGGUAUAUAAAGGAGGGUUGGCCGGAGCCUCCCAUUCUUGGCUUUUCUGAUGUUCAUGUUUCCUACAGUAAAAGUUCCUGGUGAUACCACAGAGAGUCUCGUGUGUUCAUUCAGGAGCGGCUGUGGUGAGCUGACACUAAGCCAAGAAUACGGACACCAUCCCGCUGUAGCGGUGAGGUGUAACAUGCAAGUGGAGGAUGAAGAGCUCUUGGGCGCCGGAGGAGGAAGGUCGGAAAGGGCCACUCCCGAGACGGACGCUGAGUUCCACCAGCUGGCGGCCCUGGCGUCAUCCACCGCUUAUGCCCAGCCAAAUGGGGUAACCCAGAGGCGCGGAGUGGUGCGGGGAGAUAGCACCGGAGGAGAGGAAGGUUCACCUUCCCCAGGCCCGCAAAAGAUGGUGUUUCUGGAGGAGAGGAUGUCGGCGAUGGAGACCACCCUGGCAGUGAUGUCGAGGGCGAUGGAGCGCCUGGCGGUUUUGGCGGAGCCGGAGCGAGGAAGGGAACUCCGGGCUAGCUCAAUGUGGGACGUGAGCAUGGGAAGCAGCCAGGGAUUUGCAGACCUCCCAGCACCGAAGGGAAGGGAAAUGCGAAAGGAGCCCGGUGCCCGGCCCAAGAUCCAAACGAGCCUGACGCGGGUGGAGGAGAGUGACGACGAAGGGGAAAAGCCUCCGAGAAUCCCGGCUACGCUCCCAACUGAGACCCUGGUGCCCCUGGCGAAUGCCGGGCGUGGCACAGGACAAAGGGAAGCAGCAGCGGGGCCCACUGGCCCGCAAGGGGGCUUGCGACGGGCGGAGAAUUGGGGAUUGCCACCACAGGGACCCCUACCGAGACGAGAGGAACUAAGGGUCGAGUUUGGGGGAGAGUCCUCUGAACUGGAUUUUUUCCUGACCACGGUGAGGGGCUAUAUGGAGGACAAUGCCCACACUUUUAGAACGGAAUCCAGCCGGGUACGGGCCAUUGGUGCAGUGUUGAAGAGGGGAGCGGCCAGCUGGUACGUUCAACUACACGCGCGGCGCGACCCAUGUCUGGGGUCACUCCGACGCUUUAUGGGGGCCCUGGAGACCCGUUUCCGAGAUCCACUGGAGCAGAUCCGGGCGAGGGAGGAGUUGAAGACCGUCUCCCAGGGGCAGAGGUCGGUAUCUGAGUAUGCGGAGGAGUUCCAAUGCCUCGCUGAAAAGGUGCCGGAAUGGUCUGCAGUGACAAAGAUAGAACUCUUCAAAGAGGGGCUCAGGCGGGAGAUCCUCUCCUGGGCGGUGCAUCGUGAUGAGCCUGACACACUGCGCGGAUGGAUUCAGCUGGCGGGGCGCAUCGAGACAUCGCUGGCCCAGGCGAGGAGGCACCGAGGAGGGCUACAGCAGCGGCCGCAGAUGAAAGAGGGGAGCCGGAAGGAGGGAUCAACCCCAGCCGGGAGGAGAACGGAGCCGACAGGGAACGUGAGCACCAGCAGGAGGGGCUGCUUCGUGUGCGGCCGUUUGGGCCACAGGGCUGCCGAGUGCUGGCAGAGAAAAGGGGAAGGCGGAGGCCUGCCCAAACCAAGAGCCGUGGCAGGGAAACGCGCCGAGGAAGAACCACCGAUGAGGCACCACUCGGGGGGGUUGGACGAAGGGGAGGAGGACGCCAUGUCAGAACCCUGCUACUAGAGCCUGGAUGUGGCUCUGAGUUUCAGGGUCACUGACAUUGAUAAGACACCUGCGUCCCAGGACUCGGAGGAGAAACGGCUGAUGGACUUGGCGGGGAAUUUGCGCGGGGUUUUACUGAGCGGGAAGAGACUGUUCAAAUGAGGGGGAGGGUAUAUAAAGGAGGGUUGGCCGGAGCCUCCCAUUCUUGGCUUUUCUGAUGUUCAUGUUUCCUACAGUAAAAGUUCCUGGUGAUACCA